UCCGUACUUCCGGGUUCCUCCCCGUAGCCCCCUCCCCCUCCGAGCCGAAGCGGGAGCGAGUUUAAUGCUCAAGCCGAGCGACAGUUCAUAACACCGUUUAUAACAACGAAUUGGAAUAGUAAUAACAACAACAACACAGCGACAUCAUGAUCCUCUUAGAAAUCAACAACAGAAUUAUCGAGGAGACGCUGACUCUAAAGUUUGACAAUGCGCUGGCCGGAAAUAAGCCAGAUUCUGUUGACAUCACAUUUGCAGACUUUGAUGGAGUUCUCUACCACAUAUCCAACCCUGGUGGUGACAAGUCUAAAGUAAUGGUCAGCAUCUCCCUCAAGUUCUAUGCUGAGCUGCAGAAAUAUGAUGCUGACAAGCUGCUGAAAAGGGAGUAUGGCAGCUACUUGGUGGAGCCGGAAUCGGGCUACAAUGUGUCGCUGCUGUACGACCUGGACAACGUGUCGGCCAACAAGGCAGAGGACAUCUCCCGUGCCGGCCUGCUCAAGAGGAACUGUUUCGCCUCCGUCUUCGAGAAGUACUUCGAGUUCCAGGAGAAGGGCAUGGAGGGAGAGAAUCGCGCCGUCAUCCACUACCGCGAUGACGAGACCAUGUACGUGGAGGCCAAGCGUGAUCGUGUGACCGUCGUGUUCAGCACCGUGUUCAAGGAUGACGACGAUGUGGUCAUAGGCAAGGUGUUCAUGCAGGAAUUCAAGGAGGGGAGGCGUGCCAGCCAGACGGCCCCACAGGUGCUUUUCAACCACCGCGACCCUCCCUUGGAGCUCAAGGACACCGAUGCUGCCGUGGGCGACAACAUCGGCUACAUCACCUUCGUGCUGUUCCCGCGUCACACCAACGCCAAGGCCCGCGACAACACCAUCAACCUGAUACACACUUUCCGUGACUAUCUGCACUACCACAUCAAGUGCUCCAAGGCCUACAUCCACACUCGCAUGCGUGCCAAGACCUCCGACUUCCUGAAGGUUCUCAACCGCGCACGGCCUGAUGCCGAGAAGAAGGAGAUGAAGACCAUGUCCGGCAAGACAUUUGCGACGCGCUAGCUGGGAGCCACGGGAGCAGCUGGGAGCUGACGGCGCAGCCACGCUGCACCAGCCUCAAAGACAGACACCUGCACAUGUUGAACACAUCUCGAUAGAUGCCACUCCUUUACCUUUCCCUUUAUGAAAUGUAUCCAAAUGUUCUUUUGUUCCUAUAAUUUUUUUUUAUAUUGUAUGUCAAUCAUGUGCAUGUAAAUGGAAAUCUAUACAAAAACUUGAUGCAAUUUAUUCCUGCCUGGUUUGUGUUUUCAUUCUAAUUUCUAAAUGUGGGGAAUUUGCUAAUUUCUUAAGUGAGUUGAUUUGGAUUCGUCACAAUUACACCGCCCCAUCAAAUGCUAAUGCCAGGCCUUUGAAUGACUUUCCACUUGUAUUAACAUUGACAGUAACGGUACUUGUGAACCAAAAUUGCUCUCAAAUAAAACCAUUGUUAGCUCUUGUA